AUGGGUCUUUGUAAAUGCCCAAAAAGAAAAGUUACAGCUUUAUUUUGUUAUGAACAUCGUGUUAAUGUUUGUGAAUAUUGUAUGAUAGAUAAUCAUAAAUCAUGUGUUGUACAAACUUAUCUUGAUUGGUUAUCUGAUAGUGGAUAUGAACCAUAUUGUAUCUUGUGUAAUCAACUUUUUACUGAAAGAGAAACUAUAAGAUUAAAAUGUUUACAUUUAUUUCACAAAGAUUGUCUUCAUGCAAGAGAGGCAAAUAUGCCAAAUGAUACAAAAAAUGAAUCAAGAAAAUGUCCUAGAUGUUUAGAUAAAAUAUUUCCAGCUCCCAAUCAAACUUCUCCAACAGUUGAGAAAUUAAAAGAAUGGUUGAUUACAAAGAAUUGGGGUAGACAAGGUCUUGGUUUACCAAUAGAUGAUUCUAUUGAUGAUAAAUCAUUUCCAGUUCCACCUAUGUCAAAGGAAAAUAAAAUACCUGAGUCAAUUCAGGAACGUAUUCAAACUCCAGCAAUUAUUAAUAUGGAUGAAGCAAUUAGAACAUCUAAUAUAUCCUAUAACAAUCAACCUCAUGAAAGGAGUUACUCCUCCAGACAUGCACCAUCAUCAAUACCUUCUUUUAAUUACGAACCAUUUACUUCACCAACGACGCACCUCUUAAAUGAUGAAGAGGAGGUUAAAUAUAAAAAGAGAUCAAUUAAAAAUAAAAUAAAAUAUUUUCGUUUCUCAAAAUUCCGAAAACCAAUUAUUUAUUUUUCGCUAUCUGUUUUAGCUGUAUAUUGUUUUGUUCUCUUUCUUACAUAUUUUGUUGAAAGAGAAUAA